ACACAUCGUCAGAGCCGCCAGCUUCAGAAGCGUCCCCACGAAUACUACGACGCCAGAAACGCGCAAUUCUCCACACGCGUAUCCAACGGACAAACACACCAGUUCUGUGCAUCGACAGCGUUAGUGUCGAUCGAGAUUCAAACCGGUGUGGACGUGAAGUGAACCUCCCGAGAAAAGUGACAAAAUAAAGAUAUACUUGAUAUAUAUCUUGCUCUGACAAAAAAAAUCAUACGCAAUAUUGCGUUUUUCAUUGGUUAUUCUUCGAUUGUUGUGUACUGCAGUGGGGAUAUAAACAGCCGUCGAGCUGAAAUAAUUCACCCCGAGAGAGGAGUGACAAAAUAAGUUGAAUUCGACCCAUUCGAGCGGAUCCCUAAAGAUCCAAUUAAAAGCAUCGCAAAAAUGGGGCUAAACUGUGGCAUGUCAACGAUCAAAUAUCUGCUGUUCGUGUUCAACCUGUUGUGCUCGCUAUGCGGUAUAGCAUUGGUUGCAAUUGGCGGCGUAUCGAUGGCGAAGAUAAGUGAACUUCCGGAUCUUAGCGAAGAGCACAAUAUCAAGGCUCCAGCGAUUAUGUUUAUCGUUCUCGGUUCCAUCAUUUUCAUCAUUGGCUUCUUUGGAUGUUGCGGUGCUAUCCGUAAAAACCACUGCAUGAUUUCGACCUAUGCGUUCUUCUUAUUUAUGCUGAUCGUUGCUCAAAUCGUCAUUGCGGCCCUGGUGUUCGUCUAUGUUGGAGAUGUCCGCGAAGCCUUCAUUAAGGGUUUCGGCAAAUUGUUUGAUGAGCGCGACAAUCCAGCAAACCGCCAACUGAUCGACACUAUUCAGGCCAAUCUCCAAUGUUGCGGCAAAACCUCUGCCUUUGAUUGGAUCGGUAAUAUGCCGCAAUCGUGCUGCAGAACAGGCACAGCUCCACUUUGCGCUCCGUACAUAACCGGCUGUAAGGCAAGUCUGGCCGAUUUCAUUGACAAUUCCGGAGACAUUCUUGCAUGGGUUUCACUAGGUGUCGCUGCCGUUGAAUUGAUCGGACUGAUCGCUGCCUGCUGUCUGUCCAACGCUAUUCGCAACGAGUCUAGAAGAUACGCUUAAGCUUGUCACUGUUGUCGCUUGGUACGGAGUGUAAUGUUCAAUACCAUAUAAUCCACUGGAGGAGGAUGAUAAUAUUGUCGAGAAUCUGAAAUCAACCAUCAUCGUUUUCGUGAAAAGUUCAAUUCAUCUGAAAUUGCUCUCACUUUCAAUCGUUAUUUUUACUGUUAAGUUUUUGAGGCGGAUACCGAUACGUUGCGCAGUAACAAGCGUACGGAGAGAACCAUCUAUAUGUUUACAUUUGACGUUGUAAAUAUGUUAAUCCAGUCACGUGGAAGCUUAAGCCAAACGUCAAGCAUUGAAUCGAGUUAAUGUUCAUGAACAUUCACGAACGGCGAUUAAAACUUUAAUUUAUAAUCAUUCGAAACUGUAGAUGUUAAGAUACUUUGAACUUGAGGAUAAAUUUGGAUCAGAAUAACAGAAACUCAAAACAAUUCGAAUUAAAUAUAUAAUGUAAAAGUGUU